AUGGGGGACCACAUGAUAUCAUUCUUUGAUAACCUACGUGGUAAUGUUUCCCUGAAAGCAUUAGAUUUGUUGCUUGUGGAGAAGAAAAAGAUACGUACGUUGCUCGCAGCAGGGGGGACUUGUGGUCACCAGCUUUUUACGAGUUGUGGGUUGCCAUGUGCUUGUCGGAUGGAGUGGUGGGAAAAUACAAAUUGCAAAAUUCCUCUUGACGCCGUAGACAAAUUCUGGACAAAACUAGAUUUCAAUGCUGAAGAACAUAAGGAAGAUGAUAAUAAUCUUCGGGAGGAAAUGGACAGAGUCAUGCAACAACUGAAGGCUCAACCACCGAUAGUGUUAAAAAGUAUGUUGUCGAAGAUAAAGGAGGUGGUGAAUCCAAGUAUGACUGACCAUCAACCGCCUGAGGUACAACAAGAUACUCGGGGGCGCCCAACCUCUAAAGCACAACAAAAAAAGAAGGAGGAGGUUGCGAGACGUAAAGAUACCCAGUCCGAAGCAAAAGGCAAAGGCCAAAAGAAGGACGAGGACGCUCAAAAGCCAGCAGUGCAACGCAGUCGUUCAAAGAAAAAUAAGGCUAAAAAGACAGUUGAAAUUAUAGAUGAAGAUUUUCCACUGUUGGUGGGGGAUAGGUACAAAAACAUGAUCGAUCGCUUUAAGGACUGGCUUCCAUCUAUGUAUCGGAGAUACAUAACACAUAUGGAAGAUGCCCAGCCUGACGGUAACUGUGGGUUUCGAUCGGUGGCUAUGGGUUUGGGGUUGGACCAGAAUGCUUGGAUGUGGGUCCGCCAAGAGCUAAUGGAUGAGAUGUUCAUUAAUAAAGCCCGGUGCUGGCCUAUUCUUGACUCUUUUGAUCCGGGAUUUUACACUACAGUAUAUCGAUCAAUAAACUGGUUGCACGUGGAACCUGCACCAAUGGCAUGUUGGAUGUUCUUGCCAUACGCUGGAUUGUUGGUGGCUCAAAAAUUUGGUGUGGUUGUUCAACAUUUAAGCAAUGGUGUUUGUCAAACACGCUUUCCCAUGUUUGAUGGUCCGGCGGAGGGCCAUUCUGUUCUUUCGAUUGCCUAUGUGGAAGAUGGCCAUUUCGUCAUGGUUAAGUUAACGGAUGAUGGUCCGAUGCCUCCACCGAAUGGACUAUGGAAUAUGUAUCGAAGUACUGAAGCUAUGGAGUGGGAGACAAUGUACAUGUCUCGUCUUUCACAGGGUAAGAAGUUACUUCGUAGUAAUAGAAGUGUUCGAAGAGACUUUAUUAACUUGUUGUAG